AUGAAAAUUCAUCAUAACCAAUGCCAUAGCUNGAGAUUCAUUAUUUCAGUGCCUGCCAAGGAUAAUCUAUCGGCUUUAGAAGAAUGUGGUAUCAAGCAUAAAUUCAAAGGACGAGUUAACAUAACUGGUGACGCUGGAGAUAUUCGAUAUCUAACUUUUAUUCCUGAUGGCAUAGAGUUGAAUGAAGGAAAAUGGUACUUUUGUGUUAAAUUUCCACAAGGUGGCGCAGCACAAAUUGGUUGGGCAACGAAUGGAUUUAAUCCAGUAGCAAAUGGUAGCUAUGGCAUUGGUUAUGAUGAAUUUUCAUGGGGUUUUAAUGGAGUAAAAGGAGUUUAUAAGAGUAGUCAACAUCAUCUCUUUUUUCGUGAAAAUUAUUGGGAUAAAGAGGCUUUAUGUGGCUGUGGUAUUGAAAUCGAUGGUAGCAAUACGAAUAUCAAAUAUUGGUUAAAUGGUAAAUUUUUAGGUACAGUAUUUUCACAUUCGAAAAAUACAACAAUUAAAUCAGUAAUCAAAACAAAUUUAUUACCACAUGGAGCCUUUGCUAGUUAUUUUCCUGCUGUUAGUGUAAAACUUCGCCACAAUAUGAGUAAUAAAGGUGUUUUUGAAUUUAUACUUAGUCCAGAAGAUAUGAUACAAUGUCCUCUACCAAAAGGAUACAAACCAUUAUUAAUGCCAAAAUUAUUGACAAUGGAAAAUGUACUCGUGGCAUACCCUUAUAAUGCAUAUCUUAUUGGUAAUGACAUUCAACAAUAUUUCUAUACGAGUCGUUGUUCGAAGAAUGAUUUCACUGACGACAAGAAAACUUCUUUGCUACGUGAUUUUGUCAAUGGUGAACAUUUUGAAGUUCCAUUCAAUAUCGAUAUGAUAAUGCCGGAGGAUUAUCUACUGAAGCUAUCUAAAGAAUGUGAUGGCUUCUUAUUGUCACUUGAUAAUCAUCAAUCAUUAACUAUUAGCUUUGAUUUUGAGAUUAAUGCGACAGAUAAGAGAGAAAGUCGUCUUGAUGAACUUGAUAUUGUUUUAUUUGCAUUAGAGAAUGAAAUGUUUACUAUUCAAAUCUGUAUGAAUGAUGAUUUCAUCGAUGAAACUAUGAAAUAUCGACAACGUGUUGCUAUUCUAUUUCAAAUCAAUGAACCAGUAAAAGUCUAUAUUAACAAUAAGUUUCAAACAUUGAAUUAUUGUCACAAAUUUGAUCCAAACACAAAUUCAAAAUUGAAUCUACGACUUUUGCCAUGUCUCAAUGCUGGAAUUAGAAAUUUGGGGAUGUGGAAAUAUAUAUUAUCGGAAGAACAUGUUCGACGUCUUUUCACAUAUGGUCUCUCAUAUGUUGCCGUUGAUUAUCAGAAAUUAAAUGAAUAUCGAAAACAAAAAAAUACGAUUGAAUUCAAAGCAGAACAAAAAUAUUUUACGAAUGAAACACUCGUUCCAUUCAAUGGACCAUUUGAACAUGAUCUAUGGGAGAAAUCGAAACAAUCGCUUGAUUGUCAUGAGUCGAGCUAUUUUAUGGCUAUUCCCGACACUAAUCAAUCUGUUGUACAACUUUUCGGAAAUAAAACUUAUUUAGUUUUAAACACUGCAAACCAAGUAUGGUUCGAAUACACGUUGAUUCUAGAUAUUUCUAUACCAGAUUUUCCAUCAGAAAAAGGCCUAUCCGGUAGCGAGGUUCGAUUUACCUUAUUGACCUUGGAUACAGAAUCCGAAAUCUAUGUAACAAAUGAUGGUCAUCUUUGUGUAACAGGAGGACAUCAAAGUUCAUCAACUGUGAAAUUACAAGAAUAUAUUCGUUUACUUAUUUCUGUUCAACAAAAUUCUAUUCAUAUCUAUGCCACUGGUUUGUUAGAACUCGAUGUAUCAAUUAAGGACGAUCAAUUUGCAACGAAAUUGAAACGUAUUGAUCUAUUUCGAGAGUUAGAUUUAACUAAGAACACUAUCAAUGACGAUCAACUACGUAUUGAAUGUCGAUCGAUAACAUAUUUAAAUAAAUCAACUCCUAUACUUUCUUCAUCAAUGAAAAACUUAAUCCAAUCAACUGAAUAUUCUCUGCAUCAAUUAGUUGCACCUUCGUUUAGCAUUCUGUCAGCAAGCCUCAUUGGUAUUGGUUACAAAGAACAAUCGAUUAAAUAUGUCAUGAAAAAAUAUAACACGAAGAAUAUUUAUUUUAUUGAUAGAAUUCUACGAGAAGAAACGCAAUAUAUAGAAAACAUAUAUCAACAAGAGCAACAACAAAAAAGACUUGAUGUUUUAAGAAGAUUGAAUCCGUAUGAUGAAAAUGGAACAUUAUAUAUGUUAAUGGAUACUGAUAACAUUGUAAGCGACUUAUCAAUAUCGACAUUAAGAUCUGAAAUAGUCAACGAUGAUGACGACGAUGGUGAUGAUAUGCCAUCAGAUAAAAAAUGGUUUAAUGAAACAGUUCGUUCUGUAGGCAUUCGUGAUAAAUUAAAUGAUUGGCUUCGAGAUAAAGCAAAGAAUAAUCAAUUAACAGGUCGAUGUUCUGAAUAUAAACUUCUUGAUUUAACAAAAGCAGAUUCUGGAGAAACAGAAUUUAUCAAUAAAUUCAAUAAAACUAUGGCAACAUCAUCACAUUAUGUACAUCCACAAAUACCACGAAAAAUCUAUAUUCAGUUACGUACAAUUUGUCAAUAUGGACUAAUAACAAUCUAUGCACGUUAUACAAUGUUGAAUAUGUUAAAAAUCUGGUGCAAUGAUGAUAAAUCAAAUUUAUUUUCACUUUCGAAAUUCGGUGAUGAAAGUUUUAUUGUAAAUUUAUUACGAUGGAUGGAUCAUCAUCAUACAUAUACACGCAUGUUUCUUGAUGAAACUCUCAAUAGAAUGGACGUAUUGACAAUAUCGAUAAUAAAAGUUGAAUUAAAAGAUUUAUUAAAAUGUAUCGUACACGAAAAACUUACUAGUGAAAUAUUAAAUAGAAAAGCUCCAAUAACUUUUCAUUUACAAAAGCUAGUUGUUGAAGAAUCGAUUCACUUUCUUACUGAACCAUCGCUAAUCGACAUAGAUUUUAGCAUACCAUCGGGCAUCGGUUUCAUUGUAGAUCGAAUUCGAUCGGUACGACAUUGUAUAUUAUUUGUAACAAAAUUUGAAAUAUUCAAUGAAGCUUUAGCUAAAACUGCCGAAAGUUCAGAGUCAUCAGAAGUAAAUAUAAAAUUCGACAUUGUAAAAGCGAGUCUAGCUGAACAUCCUGAGGAUACCAUGUUCUAUCAAGCAUAUAAACAAUUAUAUUCUGAUGCAUCUCGAACAUUUCGACGAAAUAAUGAUGAUCAAGUCUGGAAGGCAACCUAUGUUGGCAUGUUUAGUGAUGAUCAAGGCGGACCUUAUCGAGAUUCAGUAACACGAAUAUGUGCUGAUUUAUGUAGCACACGAUUACCAUUGUUUAUUCUUUGUCCUAAUGGGCGAAUAAACAAUGGUUUGAAUCGUGAUCGAUGGAUUCCGAAUGUUUUCCCACCGAAUCGAUUCACGCCAGUUGAUAUUAAAAAUCAAUAUCGUUUUGUUGGGCAACUCAUGGGCAUGGCAAUACGUACGAAACAUUACUUAGAUAUUCGAUUUCCAAUUUUACUCUGGAAGCAACUGAUACACGAGGAAGUUACAAUUGAAGAUAUUGAAGCUAUUGACAUUUCAAGUUUUGCAAUUAUCAAUGAAAUGGAAGAAAAUAUUCAAAAAGUAAAAAGUCUCAAUGAAUGUAACGAUGGUGACCUGAAUAGCAAUUGUGACUAUUUGUUUAGUAGUAUUAUGACUGAACUUACAUUUGAUGUCGUUAGUUCGACGGGCCAAACUUAUGAACUUAUUCCGGGUGGUUUUCAUAUACCGAUCACUACUGCUAAUUUCGAAGAUUAUUGUAUGCUUUAUCGUCAAUAUCGUAUUAAUGAAUUUCGUCGACAAAUUGAAUUUAUUCGUCAAGGUUUGUAUAGUGUCGUACCGUUGGCUUAUUUGACUUUAUUCACAGCUCAUGAAUUAGAAGAAACUGUGUGUGGUAAAGGUUAUAUCGAUAUCCAAAUGCUAAAACGUCAUACAGAUUAUCAAAAUGAUCAUGAAUCUUCGCCACAUAUUCAGCGAUUCUGGUCAGUUUUAAGUGAAAUGUUUAGUGAAGAACAGAAAAAACUAUUUUUAAUAUUUGUUUGGGGACGAAGUACAUUGCCGUAUAGAGAUGAAGAUUUUUCAACGAACUUCGAAAUAACAGAUCUCGAAACAAGUGGCAAUGUUGAUGAAGCUCUUCCGAGUAAGUUUAUUUCAAUAAAUGAGCUCUAA